UUGUCAAAAAAACGCAGCUUUCAAGAAAUCUGUUUUACAGAAGAUAUUGUGGAAUUCCAUUAACAUUAUUUUUUAUAAACAAUGGAUACUUAUGAAAGUGUUAUUUUAGUGAAGAACGAAGUAUUCGUUUUUAAAAUACCACCCAGAACAUCUAACAGAGGAUACAGGGCAGCAGAUUGGAACUUGCAAGAGCCACAAUGGACAGGUCGCAUGAGGUUGGUGUCAAAAGGGAACGAGUUGGUCAUGAAGUUAGAGGAUAAAACAAGUGGCGAAUUAUUUGCGAAGUGCCCAAUAGAUAAAUAUCCAGGAGUUGCACUGGAAGCUGUAACUGAUAGCUCACGAUAUUUUGUUGUGAAAAUACAAGAUGAUAAUGGUUGUGCUGCAUAUAUCGGUCUUGGAUUUGGUGAUAGAUCUGAUUCGUUUGAUCUAAAUGUUGCACUUCAAGACCAUUUCAAAUGGUUGAAAAAAGAACAAGAGAGCGAUCAAACACCACAGGGACAAUUGGAUCUUGGAUUUAAAGAUGGUGAAACAAUUAAAAUCAACAUGAAAAUUACUAAAAAAGAUGGGAGUGAGGGCAGCAGGUCACGCCGUGGUGUGCCAGGUGCUAGUGGUGGUGGUUUGUUGCCACCACCUCCAGGCGGUUCUAAGUUACCACCUCCACCAUCACCACAACAUGCUGCUUCACCAUCAUCAAUCCCACCUGCCAGCUCUAACACAGAGUGGGGUGAAUUUAAUUCAGCAAGUGCUCCAGAACCACAAGCAACAACCCCAGCCAAUCAACAAAAUUGGGUGCAGUUCUGAAUUGCUGAUGGCAUAAUAUUAUUGUGAUUUGGUGACAUCAUAGAUGCUGUGGUGUGUUUGCACAAUACUUAAAACUAUACUUAAUUAUGUAAGACUUAUCAGUAGCUUAAAAAUCUAUAUCUAGAUAUUAGUUGCAUAAGAUCAGAUUUGCAAAUAACAGAUAUGUGUCUUUGUCUUAAGUAUUCAACAAAAUAUUUUCAGUAUAGGAUCUAUUUAUUGAAAGAAAUUUGUUACUUAAACUGAUUAUGUCCUCCGCCCUGAGUUACUUUCCUGUGUGAGGGUUGUGACCAUUUUCUCCCAUUAUCCUUCUCUGGAUGAUGUUUCGCCAUCUUCUGUUCUCGGCGGUGUGUAUGGCAUCGUAGAUUGUGGUAUCCAGAGUGGUGCGGAUUUGGUCGGACCAGCGCAUUGGAUUGCGGCCAUGAAAUCUUUUGCCUGCAAACUGGUCAUGGAUGUUCCUGUAAAAUGUUAGAGAUUUUGCGAUUUGAAAAGCUGAAAAAUGGAUGUCAUGUUUCUUCUUAACCCCAUAUCUUAUUCUUCUAAUGUCAAGUUAUUGUUUCACUUAAUAUAAUUAUAGGGUAUGGUAUGUCAUAAAUUGACAUCAAUGUUUGAGAGUUAAAAAUUGUGAAUUAUUUAGGCCAGAUCACAAUAAGUAUACAAAUGCAAUAAUAUAAUGUAACUUAAUUAUGUUGUUUGUAUAUGUUGUAUUGCAUAUAUUUAUGAUUAGAUUAUUGAUCUUGUGAUUAUUAGUCUCAUUUAUCAAUGUUGUUACUGUUAUAAAAUGCAUGUGAUAGGUUAUGUAAAUAGAAGUCUUGUGAAUUUGCGAAUAGAAAAAUAUGUAAUCUGUUUGAAUUGUUUAAUUGUUGAACUGAAGAUCUGUAACACAGGUUACUCUAGAAAUGUACAAAUGAUAAUAAAAUUAUUGAGUAAGCAUAAUAUA